GAACAAAGCAACUCAAGGUCGUAAGGGCAGAUUUGACUUGGAGGUUAGUCGCAAGCAGAUUAUAUUUUCCCUGAAAUUACUAAAGCCCUAGAACUUUCUACGCCCUAAAGCGUAAAUCAGGAUGAAUGUAUUGCAGAUGGUUAAACAAAUGGACACUCUUUCACCAAGAAUCCAAGCCUUGUUAAAAGAAAGUAGUUGUUUCAGGUGUAAUGAAGACGCAAAUAAUGAAUCUGCAUUUUCUCGAGAUGCUUUGAAGGCCAGACUGAGUGACCUGGAAUUCCGUGUAACACAAAAUAAAGAAACGGAAAAACCUUUUUCAGGGAAAUAUGUAAAUGAGAAAUCACCUGGAAUAUAUAGAUGUGUUGUCUGUAGUUCAAAACUGUUUAGCAGUGAAGCGAAAUUCUUCUGUAGUUGUGGCUGGCCCACUUUUAACAGUCCUAUAGAGUGUAACUCAUUGACCUCAUCCAUUGAUUUGUCAUCAGGUGAAGUCCGUGUAGAAGUUUCUUGCAAGGGAUGCAAUGCUCAUUUAGGACACGUGUUUGACGAUGGCCCGAAACCUACAGGUCUUCGUUAUUGCAUUAAUUCAUGUGCUCUAAUUCUUGAUUCUGAUAUUGGCAGCUCAUAUGGUUUAAAUUUGCCAACUGCUUGAUAUUUUGUUAUUGUCAGAUAUAAUGAUGUUAAUUGUACGUAAGCUAGAAUUAUCCUAGUGUUGCAUUUCUAAUCUCAUGCUUUUCCCAAAGUCUUAUGAUAAAACUUUGUGAUGUUUUCUCACUUCCGUUUUACUUUUCUAAUUUGUAUUUUCUGUUUUUUAUUUAAAUUUAUAAAAGUCGUUUUCUAAUUUUUAAAUUGAUUGUCUGUUAGUCUGAAAUUCAAGUUACGCUGGGUGUUUAGGAAGGGCAUUUUUUCCCAUUGGAAUAAACAUUUGUUUCAUUGAUAGUUAGAAUCCUUUGUAUUCAUCGUUCCUUGUAUUGUAUAUAUGAUAAAAUUCACCUUGUGCUUAACACAUUUGCAUGGGCUGCUUAUACUCAUUAAAUGCAACCAGUCGAAAGUACCCACCAUUUAUCGCUACUUCUCAUACCAAUAUCUGUUCACAAG